GAAACCUGUGUCACCUCUUCCAGCCCGACGCACCAGUCAGACUCACUCACGAGAGGGGCGAUCCCGGGUAGUAGGGUAUCCACUGCACCGCGCACUACCCACCCUGGAGUCAUGACAGCAGCACCUAUUCUCAGGAGGCGACUACAACUUUCAACGCGAUUGUCUGGUGUGCUUACAGCAAGCCUUUCCUGUGGAUUCACUGCGUGUACAGCGGUGCUGAACACCUGUUCAAUUUAAGCAGAGGGGCCUCAUCUUUGGAGAGUUGUCAUACUCAGCACGCGCCCAGUUGGAAAAGAGAACCACUGGGGCAGAAGAUGUAAAACUUUGCGUUAGCGUCUGUUUGCUGCUUUUGUUGACUAAAGAUGACCGUGACCUACUCCAGUAAGGUUGCCAAUGCCACGUUUUUUGGCUUUCAUAGACUUUUAUUGCGAUGGAAGGGCAGUAUCUACAAAUUGCUGUAUCGGGAGUUCCUCGUUUUUGCACUUUUAUAUACCAUAUUAAGUAUCGUAUACAGGCUAGUCCUGACUGACCCACAGAAGCGGUUCUUUGAAAAGCUGUCCAUAUACUGUGAUAAAUACGCAGAGCAGAUCCCAGUCACGUUUGUCCUGGGGUUCUACGUAACACUGGUGGUGAACCGCUGGUGGAACCAGUUCCAGAACCUUCCGUGGCCGGACCGGCUGAUGUUCCUGAUCUCCAGCUGCGUGCAGGGCCGCGACGAGCACGGCCGCCUGCUGCGACGGACGCUGAUGCGCUACGUCAACCUCACCUCGCUGCUCAUCUUCCGCUCCGUGAGCACGGCCGUCUGCAAGCGCUUCCCCACCAUCGACCACGUGGUGGAGGCAGGCUUUAUGACCGCCGAGGAGAGGAAGGUGUUUGAAAAUCUGAAGUCUCCGCACCUGAAAUACUGGGUCCCCGUGGUGUGGUUCACAAACUUAGCCUUCAAAGCCCGCAAGGAGGGACGUAUCACAGACAGUGUGGACCUCCAGCACAUCCUCGCUGAGAUGAAUAAGUUCAGGACCUGGUGCUCUACUCUGUUUGGCUAUGACUGGGUGGGGAUCCCACUUGUCUAUACUCAGGUUGUGACGUUAGCAGUGUACACAUUCUUCGUGGCCUGUCUUAUUGGUCGUCAGUUCCUCGACUCCAGCCAGGGUUACCCAGGUCAUGACCUUGACCUCUACGUGCCCAUCUUCACCCUGCUGCAGUUCUUCUUCUACUCCGGCUGGCUCAAGGUGGCAGAGCAGCUCAUCAAUCCUUUUGGAGAGGACGACGACGACUUUGAGGCCAACUGGUGCAUUGACAGAAAUCUACAGGUAUCUCUAAUGGCUGUGGAUGAGAUGCACAUGAACCUGCCUCGCAUGACUAAGGACAUGUACUGGAAUGAGGCUGAUGUGAGGCCACCCUACACUGUGGCCUCCGCUGACUACUGCAUCGCUUCCUUCCUCGGCUCCACCACAGACUUGGGGCUGUCUGAGAUGCUCCAGGCGGAGGAGCCCCAUGAGCCCCAUGAGUUCCGGCGGCAGGAGACCGUGCUGGGCCGCGUCCGUCGCCUGCUGAGCGUGCAGGAGCACUCGGACCUGGCGCACCCGCGCCCCGCUUUCAAGCGCCACAGCAGCGACAUCCCCAGCUUCUUCCCCUUCGUGCCGGACCACCGUGUCCACCCAGGGGGGCCGGAGGACACCCCGAUGCCGCCCAAGCCCCCCCAUGCUGGUCCACAUGUCCUUCCCCACCCGCACCCCCACAGUCCCCACCCGUUGGAUACACUGGCUACCCUACAAGAGGUCAACAGUACCCCCUCUUCCCCCGAUACGGACGUCCGCCUCCCGCCCUUCACUGACGUGCCUGAGGUGGUCAUCAGCGCACCCCCCUCGUCGACCGGUAACCAUGACAACAGCGCAACUGCGACAACGUCGCCUUCAGCGGCUGCGCCAAAAACUUACAGCAGCAUUAAUGAUGCUCCCCUUAGUCCAGAGCAGGCCCUGAAGCCUGAGGCUGAGGUAGAAGGCGACCCCGGCGAUGAGGUCCCAGAAGCGGGCACGCCUGUCUGCUACAGCCCCACGCGCAUGGGGCCCCGCAAGUUUCGCUGGACCACGCCGGCCGACCGCAUGCGGAAGCGGCAGCUGUCCUUCCAGCUGUCCCGCCAGGGCUCCAGGAGCUCGCUCCACAGCCUGCCCAGCCCACGCAUGCUGGGCAGGCAGAGGGGACAGCACGUCCCCUCGCCCCUGGAGAGUCCACAGCGGGAGGACGACCCUGAGGUCCCCGAGACAGACAUUUUAGAGUCGCAGGACACAGACAGAGAGCAGAGGAACAACUGCUAGAACCAAGACAAUAAUGAGAGCCCUUACAGCCUCCAUUUAUCCAAUGAUAAAAGCAAUAUGUUUUAGAUUAGAUUAGUUUAGAUUCAAGUUUAUUGUCAUUGUGCAGAGUACAAGUACAAAGACAACGAAAAGCAGUUUACAGGAAACCCUGGAACUUGAUGACACAACGUAAUGGACGUUGAAGUUUAAUGUGUGUGUGCAAUAGCAGGGGACUGCCAGAGCAACGAACACAAACCACAGCCCUUACCAGAGAAUCAAGUGUGUUGAAUCUUACUGUCAGUUGUCAGUUCAAUGUUCAAACAAACAGAAUGGCUGGAGUUUCUGCUCCCCAAUAGCUCCCUAAGCCUUUCACAUUUGAACCUUUCACAUUGUUUUGUUAAUUGUUCCCUUUUUAAGGGGUAGUAUACACAAGAUGCUGCAAAUGUGCUGCUCUGUGGUUAACAGCUUUGCGGUAGUGCUUCCUGCAUUUAUUCUUGACAUGGCACUGUCAUUAAACGUAUAUUUAGUGCUGGUUCCAUGAUUGAAAUCAAAUUACUGACAAUGGGAUGCCUUACAAAUGCUCUCUGAUAAAAUGAGCAGUCUCAGAUGAUCAUAAUGAGAUACAAGUUCUCUCUAUAAACUACCAAGCUUCUAGAAGCUACUGUUGACCCUGAAAUAGAUUUAGUUUGUACCUAGUUAAUUUUGGCCAUUCAACCUAUGUGUAAUGUUUUGUUACUUGAGUGUUAUACAUACAGUAAACUCUAUCCACUUUGC